AUGGAGAUUGACAGUCAGGUAGCGGCUAGUGCUGUCACUUCUGCUGAGGCAGUACCGAAUCUACCUAUUGAUUUUAGAAAGCCAUUGACGGCUGCAACUCAGGAAGAAUCCUUUGCUGCAAUCGGAGAGGCAACUGCGGCUCUCCUGGAAGCUGCUUUCUGCUCCCAAGAUACUAAAGUGGUGCAGAAACUUGUCGAAGCACUAACUCUCCUUGAGAAGCCUCAAUAUGCUGUAGGCGAUAGCGAAGAUGGAGAGUCUGAAGGUCCGAAAGAUGAAGCCGGCAAUGCUGUCCCAACUACCCCGCAGCAAGAAACGGAACACGAACCAAUACCGCCAACAUCAGAUUGUACCGUCGCUGGCUUUUUUAGCUUAGAAGCAGUGCCAUUUGGCUCUCUCAUAUUCUCCGGAAGUUUGUCUCUUAGUCAACAAGGGACGCUCAGCUUCGUCGGACCAGGCAAGGGAAAGCCACUCAAUGUGAUGCCUACACUCUUUACUUCCAGUCAUUCCAGUGGAUAG